CAUUUCCAAAAAUCCUCCCAAAAACACAAGAGCAUGAGAUGACCUUCCUUCACUCAAAUAUACACACAAACACAUGGCGGAUCCAAUCACGCGCAAGAGCGGCAACGACAAGCGCCGGUUCAGCGACGAGCAGAUCCGGCGCCUCGAGGCGAUGUUCGCCUCCGAGAGCAAGCUCGAGCCCCGGAGGAAGACGGAGGUGGCCCGGGAGCUAGGGCUGCAGCCGCGCCAGGUGGCGAUCUGGUUCCAGAACAAGCGGGCGCGGUGGAAGUCGAAGCACGUGGAGAAGGAGUAUGCCGCGCUGGCCGCGAGCUACGACGCCCUCUCCGACCGGUUCGAGUCGUUGAAGAGAGAAGCAGUCGUUGGUCGAUCAGCUGCGGAAGUUGAAGGGAGGGAGGGAGCGAUGGAGAAUCGGAGAGUGGGAAGAAUGAGUUUGAAGUGA